CCGCGCUGCCCCAGCGGCCCCGAGCCCGACAGCGAGUCUGCCAUGGGCCGCGGGGCCUGCGUCCCCCCGAAGGUGUCAGGGGCCGUCCAGGACCGCCGGCUCGGGGCCGUGCUGGGCGGGCUGUGCCUGCUCCCCGCGCUCCUGCUGCUGGCCCGGCUCGGGGCCCCUGCGGCGCAGGCCUGGAGCGCAGGGCAGAGAGAGGCCUAUUCGCUGGAUGCACCAGGGGUCCCUACAGCCCAGGUCCCCAGCCCAUUUUCCCCGCUGGUGCCCCGAAAACGCCGCUACACGUUGACCCCGGCCAGGCUGCGCUGGGACCACUUCAACCUCACCUACAGGAUCCUCUCCUUCCCUCGGAAUCUGCUGAGCCCCCGUGAGACUCGCCGGGGCCUGGCUGCUGCUUUCCGGAUGUGGAGCGACGUUUCCCCCUUCAGUUUCCGUGAGGUGGCCCCUGAGCAGCCCAGCGACCUGCGGAUAGGCUUCUACCCAGCCAACCACACGGACUGCCUGGUCUCUGCUCUGCACCACUGCUUUGACGGUCCCACGGGCGAGCUGGCCCACGCCUUCUUCCCACCGCACGGUGGCAUCCACUUUGACGACAGCGAGCACUGGGUCCUGGGCCCCACACGCUACAGCUGGAAGAAAGGUGUGUGGCUCACAGACCUGGUGCACGUGGCAGCCCACGAGAUCGGCCAUGCACUGGGCCUGAUGCACUCCCAGCACAGCCGGGCACUCAUGCACCUCAACGCCACGCUGCGUGGCUGGAAGGCACUGUCUCAGGAUGAGCUGUGGGGGCUGCACCGGCUCUACGGCUGCCUGGACCGGCUGUUUGUGUGUGCGUCCUGGGCACGGAAGGGCUUUUGUGACACCCGCAGGAGGCUCAUGAAGAGGCUGUGCCCCAGCAGCUGUGACUUCUGCUAUGAGUUUCCCUUCCCCACAGUGGCCACCACCCCAUCACCCCCCAGGACCAAAACCAGGCUGGUGCCAGAGGGCAGAAAUGUGACCUUCCGAUGUGGUCAGAAGAUCCUCCACAAGAAAGGCAAAGUGUACUGGUACAAGGACCAGGAGCCCCUCGAAUUCUCCUACCCUGGUUACCUGGCCCUGGGUGAGGCUCGCCUGAGCAUCAUCGCCAACGCUGUCAACGAGGGCACGUACACGUGUGUGGUCCGCCGGCACCAGCAUGUGCUCACCACCUACUCCUGGCGUGUCCGAGUGAGGAGCUAAGCUCGUCU